UGCGUGACGCAUUGUGUAUGCGUGCGCGCGGCACACUUUGAUGUUCCUGCCUCCGUUUUCUUUCAGCCCUCACUAGUGCCUGGUCUUUUAAUAACAAGCAUGAGACUUGAUAAACACACUUGCAAUGCAAACCGCGCUCGCAUUAGGAAAAGCAUUACAAACUGAGAUCAUGACACCAGCGACGUCUAUAAAAGAAUCUGAAGUUUUGUGGAUCAACGCUUCUCUAAUUCCCUUUUGGAAUGGGUCGACAGCGGAUCUCGAGAACAGAAGAGUUCUGCACUAUGGACAGUUCUCUGCACCCGUCUCGGUUCUUCUGGCAGUACUCAUGUCACUCAUGGUUUUUGUCACAGUACUUGGGAAUGCGCUGGUAAUCCUCGCUUUCGUCGUGGACAAAAGUUUAAGGACUCAAGGCAAUUUUUUCUUUUUGAAUUUAGCUAUAGCUGAUUUUUUAGUUGGUGGUUUUUGCAUCCCAGUUUACAUUCCUUACGUAUUAACCGGGAAAUGGAAACUUGGACGAGGUCUUUGUAAGCUGUGGCUUGUUGUUGAUUACCUGCUCUGCACAGCAUCGGUCUUCAACAUCGUUUUAAUCAGUUUCGACAGGUUUAUUUCAGUCACAAGAGCGGUAAGCUACAGGAGCCAGAAGGGUGUGACCCGAGGUGCGGUACUGAAAAUGGCAAGUGUGUGGCUGGCUGCCUUUCUGCUCUAUGGCCCAGCGAUCAUCAGCUGGGAACACAUUGCAGGAAAAAGCAUCCUGCCAGAGGAAGAAUGCUAUGCAGAGUUUUAUUUCAACUGGUAUUUCCUCAUGACGGCAUCCACAGUGGAGUUCUUUACCCCCUUUAUAAGCGUGACCUACUUCAACCUCAGUAUUUACAUCAACAUCAGAAAGCGCACCCUUAUGAAGAAUGAUAACCCAGCUCCGGGGCCAGGAGAAGAGAUGGUCUUUCUGGGAAAGAGCAAAAGGCAACAAGUUUUUUUUGUCAGGCCUGCAGCUAGAAAGAACGAAAGGAAGAAAGCCAGGGCAAGUAGGUUUUCUACUGCUAAAGUCUCUAUAGGAAAUAGCAGUGUUAAGAAACUGGAUUGCCAGUCCUUGGACCUGCCACCUUUACAACUGGAAGAACUGCCCAGGCAGCCAGCUGACUGCUGCUACAAGCCUGUAGAUCAGUUCUGCGGCACUCAGCGCAGGUCUGACAUGGCCACCAGCAUGGCCACCACCAUGGCCAACCGGUUCCGGCUUUCCAGGGACAAAAAGGUGGCCAAGUCCCUGGCAGUGAUCGUCUGUGUGUUCGGACUUUGCUGGGCUCCCUACACCUUGAUGAUGAUCAUCAGAGCAGUUUGUCAUGGACAGUGCGUCCAGUAUUACCUAUACGAGAUAUCUUUCUGGCUCCUGUGGUUAAACUCUUCCAUCAAUCCUGUUUUGUACCCACUGUGUCACAUGAGUUUUAGAAAGGCUUUCAUGAAACUGCUCUGCCCCAGGAAAAUAAAGAUCCAGCCACAGUUGUGAGCUAAACCUAAUGUUGUUAUUGUGUUAUUCACUGUAGGGUCAUUGCAGGUACAGUACAUGGGAGAAGCACAUCAAUUAAUGAUGAAGCUGGUACUAAAGUAAUUUGAUUUCUGUGAAGGCUGAACUUUUGAGUGUUUUCCAUUUUGUUGACACUACUGGUAUUUUGUUGUAUAUUUAAAUGUUUUCUUAAACAACAUGUACCCUAUUCAUAUCACACUACCAAAAUAUGUGUGUGAUCAUUAUGCUUUGAAACCAUGUGAUUGCUAUUCACUUGCAACACGUGUUCAUCACAAAUUAUUUAGGUAGCAUGAAUAGGAUAUACAUUUCAUUAAAAAAAAGCUGCACUCAAUGUGAAGAAUCAUGGAUGUUCAUAUCUUAAUUAGGCUAGGAGUCAUUUAGUUUGUUAAAAUAUCACUGUGCAAUGGUUGUCAUUAUACUGUGAUUAAAAUUACACCUUCAGAUGUUUUCAAUAAAAAAAACUUUGCCUUUGCAAGUCAUGAUUUUGUAAUCUAGCUGCUUGACAUGGUAAAUAACAAAAGUAAUGGUUAAUAAAGGCUUGUAAUUAAGAACAUGCAAUGUAUUUCAGAUUUGUGUUUUCAUUUUAGUUUGUGGACCCAAACCAUUACAGAAGACCCUGCAAAACAGUUCUGUGCUGCCAUACACAUACAGCAGAUGUUUCUGCCUUGUUGCAUUUCACCACCCUGUGUUACAUGGUUCCUCGAACAGUCUAGAGAUUACCUGUAAAUAUAAGGUUCUCAAGGGUUCAAGGCUAUGUGCUAGCGUGACAACCUUACAAAUU